CCUUUAUAUGGGUGGUCGUUGCCCGUCCUGCCGUGGCUUUCAUCAUCGGCGCCGAGGAUGUUUGCUUUGUAGCUCUCUGACGAUUUGUUCCGAAUCUUCUUCUUCUUCUUCUCUUGUCCCGACUUCUCCCCAAGCUUCUUUUCCUUGUGAUCUCAUGAUACCCUCCUCCUUCUACUCUCUCCUUCCGUAUUCCUCGUGAGACAUCAUCCAUUAUAAAAAGACGAGGACAUUUGCUUUGCUGCUCGUAAACACACCGGCGCAAGCCUUCUCUGCCCUUUUGUCACCUCGACCGAAUCUAUUCCAACCGUAUCCCCGCGAAGACCAAAACCAUGGCGUCCAAGGUGAAGCAAGAUGGCAAGACGCCGACCUCGGCGGCCACCAACCUCAUUGCCGGAGGAGGCGCCGGUAUGAUGGAGGCGUUGGCAUGUCAUCCCCUUGACACGAUCAAGGUUCGAAUGCAGCUGUCGCGGCGCGCGAGGCAGCCCGGCGCACCCAAGCGCGGCUUCAUCCGCACGGGCGUCGAGAUCGUCAAGAAGGAGACGCCGCUGGGCCUGUACAAGGGACUCGGCGCCGUGCUGACGGGCAUCGUGCCCAAGAUGGCCAUCCGGUUCACGAGCUUCGAGGGGUACAAGCAGGCGUUGGCGGACAAGCAGACGGGCGUCGUCAGCGGACAGGCGACGUUUAUGGCCGGUCUCGCGGCGGGUGUCACGGAAGCCGUCGCCGUCGUGACGCCGAUGGAGGUCAUCAAGAUCCGGCUCCAGGCGCAGCACCACAGCAUGGCCGACCCCCUCGACAUCCCCAAGUACCGCAACGCGGCGCACGCGCUCUACACGGUCGUCAAGGAGGAAGGGUUCGGGGCGCUGUACCGCGGCGUGUCGCUGACGGCGCUGCGGCAGGGCAGCAACCAGGCCGUCAACUUCACGGCCUACUCGUACUUCAAGGAGGCGCUCAAGAACUACCAGCCCGAGUUCGAGCGCACGACGCUGCCGGGCUGGCAGACGACGCUGAUCGGGCUCGUCAGCGGCGCCAUGGGGCCCCUGAGCAACGCGCCCAUCGACACCAUCAAGACGAGGCUGCAGAAGACGCCGGCCGAGUACGGCACGAGCGCGUGGAGUCGCAUCGCCAAGAUCUCGAGCGACAUGUUCAAACAAGAAGGCUUCCACGCCUUCUACAAGGGCAUCACGCCGCGCAUCAUGCGUGUCGCGCCCGGCCAGGCCGUGACGUUUACCGUCUACGAGUUUCUCAAGGAGAAGCUGGAGAAGAGCAACCUGGCGUUUACCGGGGGCAACUUUGAGGAGUAGGAUGUUUGGUUGGGCUUGCUGUUCGUUCCCGCCCGCGCGACCGUCUCUUGUCUUUUGCAUGAUACCAGGGUCUGAUUCCGCAUGCUUCGUAAAGGGCGGCUGCUAUACAGACCUAAGCAAAGGGAACGGGAAUUGACAAUGGAUGCCGGGUUGAAGCGGCAGUUGUGCAAAUUUGUAGAUAUGCUAAGAAUGUGCAUGAUCCAUAGAGACACACACAAACACACACACACACACACACACACACACAGA